AUGCCAGCUCAGUCUAAGCUUAAAGACACAAUUUCUCAAUUAAAUCGGGAGUUACAGCAUCUUGAAGUAUUAGAAAAUAGAAGAAUGAUCUUUGAUGUUGAUAAAAAAAAAAAGCAAUCAUCCAAGUUUAGAAGAAGCACAUUAGAAGCUAUUGUUCAAAUUGUUUCUUCAGAUAGACAGGCUGAUGAAAGAUGGUGUUCAGAAUUAAUACAAUUUCAUAAUAGUGAAGAAGGAAAGCAACAUGUUAAAACAGUGCCAGUGAAGCUUCUAAAAUCUCAAAAUUCAGCAGGAAGAAGCUAUAAUAAUACCUAUUUCUGCACUACUUUAAUAAGAAAUAUAAAAGAAAUAGUAUCAUUAUUAGAUUUCAAAAAUGCUUUAGUAAUAUCUCAAGAUGAUAAAGCAUGA